CUCGGUAGAAACCCCACUGAACGCAACGCCAUUCCCAAGUUUACCGCGUGAGCUACAGGCGAGAGACGUUGCCUCCCCGACAGCCAAAGCCGCCCUCGUUCGUUUCGGAUGUCCGGCCAUGAGGUUGCCGAGUUCUCAGUCUAGACUGCGGUUUGUUUAAAUAGUAUUUGUUGACAGCGAUUUGCACUCCUUCAGAUUUCCAUAGCGUCGCCUUACCCUUCCAGUACACCGUCCCGUAUCCUAGACCCUCGUUCCGUUGUAGAUACCCCGACAAGAUGCCGUUUAAUACUGCGCUUACCCGAAAGCUGGGGAUCAAGAUCCCUGUGGUUCAGGGUGGUAUGCAAUGGGUUGGCUACGCUGAAAUGGCCUCCGCCGUCAGCAACGCUGGCGGUCUCGGACUUAUCACCGCCCUCACCCAACCCACUCCCGAAGACCUCCGCAAGGAGAUCCGCCGCUGCAGAACCAUGACCAAGAACCCAUUCGGCGUCAACCUGACUCUCCUCCCCGCCAUGGUGCCUCCGGACUACCCCGCAUACGCCCGCGUCAUCAUCGAGGAAGGCAUUAAGAUCGUCGAGACGGCCGGUAACUCCCCAGGGCCGAUCAUCAAGCAGCUGAAGGAGGCCAACAUCAUCAUUCUCCAUAAAUGCACGACGAUCCGACACGCCCAGUCGGCGGUGAAGCUCGGUGUGGAUUUCCUGAGCAUCGAUGGCUUCGAGUGCGCGGGCCACGUCGGCGAGACCGAUAUCACCAAUUUCAUCUUGUUGUCCAAGGCAAGGCAGGUCAUCAACAUCCCGUUCAUCGCCUCCGGCGGGUUCGCGGACGGUCAGGGUCUCGCGGCUGCCCUGACCCUGGGUGCUGAUGGCAUCAACAUGGGCACCCGCUUCAUGGCCACCCUCGAGGCCCCCAUUCACCACAACAUCAAGCAGGCAAUCGUCGACGCCGAGGAGACCGAUACUGAGUUGCUGCUCAGGAGGUGGCGGAAUACCAGCCGACUCUUCGCAAACAAGGUUGCGAAGCAGGCGAUCAAGAUUGAGAAGGAGAGCACCACAGGCCAAUUCGAGGAGGUUGCGCCGUAUAUGAGCGGACAGAGAGGUCGCCAGGUGUUCCUCAAUGGUGACAAGGACUAUGGCGUUUGGACUGCCGGCCAGGUUAUCGGGUUGAUCCAUGAUAUUCCCACUUGCGUGGACCUUCUGAAGCGUAUUGAGAAGGAAGCGAUUGAUACUUUGAGCAAGGCGUCAACAUUGUACACUCCAGAGCCCCGGAUAUAGAGAUUGGAGGCUGCAUUUGAUUGAAGGAUUUCAUGGAUACGAUUCGCUGUAUUAGACAAUUCUAAAAGAUCAUUUUCUCCGUCC